AAUAGAAUUAAGCUGCUGUCACGACACCUCAGUAGGACUGGAUGCUGUACUUUUAUAGUCUAUAGAGAGACUUCAGAGGACCAUCAAGGACAACGUUACCAGAAGCCGCUCACUUGCAGGGAUUCAGUGAGAGGGUUGCAUCACCGCUCUCAACCUCAUCUCCCGUCCAGCCUGGAGAGUCCUUGAUCAGAUCAUCUCUUCAAUAUUGUCACCAUAAUCAGGCCCUCCAGAGGCUGGAGCUCAUGGAGACGGUAGAUCCUCCCUACCCACGUCAUGGCAACCUCCCCAGUGGACAGCCUAAAAAAUACUGUAAAGUGUCAAUAGAGACGGACUCCUCUGAGACGGCUCCCAAUGUGGCGAACAAAGAUGUCCGAAGGGUUCUGGGUGGCUCUCGCAAAGCUGUAGUGAGGCUGGAGCGUCUGGACUUCCGUACUUCAUCCGGCGCUUCUCUGGGACAAGUCGGGACUCUGAAUGAAGUGAAUACAAAUGGAUCAGCUAAGGUGGAGAUCCAGGAGAAAAUACCUGACUUGAGUCCCUCGGGCUCACCUGCAUCGGCACCAGAACUGGAAUCCGAUCUGGAUCCACCGUACAUCAUGGUUCACCAGCAUGGGAAGGCUGACUUGGACACCUUCUACUUGGAUCCGGACCGUAAGCUCAUAAUGGUACUGGAGCUCGAGCCAGAAGAUUCUGAAUGCGAACCGGCUCCAGAGACAAAAUGUGGAGAUCCUCACGGGGAUUUCUCGACUCAAGAAGUGGUCCAAAGUGGAGGCGGGAGCGAGGAGAUGGAGAGUGAAGACUACUGUGCUGUGUGUCGGAGUGGAGGAGAUCUGCUUUGCUGUGACUUUUGUCCUAAGGUUUACCACUUGGCUUGUCACAUUCCUUCACUCCUCAGCCUCCCAAUGGGAGACUGGGCCUGUUCGCUGUGCACGACUGACCACGACCCAGCAGAGUCCUUCGUCAGUGAGGGGGCCAGCACCCCGUACGCCCUGUCCCCGUGCGACCAGAGGAGAUGUGAGAAGCUGACGUUGCUGCUGUACGUCCACACGCUGAGCGAUCCUUUCCACGAGCCUGUCAGCCGCCAGGUGAGGAACUACUACCAGGUCAUCAAGAGGCCCAUGGACUUGUCGCUGAUCCGCAGGAAACUCAACAGGAGCAACACUGUGCACUACUUCACAGCCGACCAAUUCGUCAACGACGCCCUGCUGAUGUUCAGCAACUGUGCUACCUUCAACUACCCCGACUCGGAGGUGGGCCGGGCCGGCCGGCACCUGGAGGUGUUUUUCCUGAGCAAGCUAAAGGAGAUUUUCCCGGACAAGAAGUUCCCUUCGGCCAGCCGGGACAGGGCGGAGCGUGCUCGCCUGCAGUGGCGCAGCAGGAGGAGGAAGGAGGCCCGCAGGCGGGAGAGAUAUGUGAGGAGUGGAUGGAGAAAAGACUUUCUACUCUAAAGACCUGAUGUAGUGAGAUCCGAAUAACAAGUUCUAAAUACCGUGUAGUACUAGUGGGCGUGUGUGCACAAUUAAUAACAAGUGCAAACAGUGUGCAGACCACCAUUUUUACAUAAAGGUUUUAUAGAGAAGCGUUAUUUAGAUGAUAGAACCUACUUUUAGUUGUGAUUCUGGUCUGUAAUGAUCCAGAUGCAUGAAUAUGCAUAUUGCGAGAAGAUUUUUCAUACAAGAAAAAACUGUAUGCUGUUGUGCUUGUAGCGUGAAAGCAAGACAACUACAGUGAAACAGGACAACAUUGUCAUGUGCACAAUCGAACAGUACAGUGAAUAAUAACAAUAAAGUCAAGCAACAGGUGUGGUGAAUUAUGUCUGUAAAUCAACCGCUACAAUGCCGUAUUUUCCGGACUGUAGAGCGCAUCGGUAAAUAAGCCGCUUCCACUAAAUUUUAGGGAAAACUAAUAUUUUUCCGUAUAUCAACCGUACCUGACUAUGAGCCGCAGAUACAUACUUUGUGAAAUUAGUUAUUUACGCGGAAAUAUUUUGUAAUCUUUCAUUUACAUACUUUAAUUAUGUCCAAACGGUGUCUGUAACACGGCAGUAAAACGGCUGAUCAAACAAAACAGAAGUCAUCGUCAUGGACCCACUAGCUGCGGAAGCUACCAAUCCAAUAAGCUAAACGCACUCAAGAAUUCCAGGGUGACGUUUUGGUGAAUUUACUGAGGAAUUUGUGAAACUGAAACAAUACAAAAAGAAUGCCGUUGUAGGUUAACAACAAAGACACUUGUAAACGCUUUACCAUGUUAGCCAACGCUAACAACGCUAGCUUGAUUACAUUAGGAUUGUUUGUACAAAAAUGUAUGAAAACACUCCUACGGACAUCACACAUGGGACGGUUGAAUAAGUAUACUGUUGGGAACUCGCAUGUCGGAGAGCCGUAGAGGAAGGAUGGCGGCGUAGGACGCGCCGGUCGGAGAGCCGUAGCCGGUAGCGUUGCCGCGGGAGCCGCGAGGCAUGAAGGUAGUGGCGGACGUGCUGGUCGGAGAGCCGUAGCCAGCCGUCGAGCCGAGAGGAAGGAUGGCAGCGGAGGACGCGCCGGUUAGAGAGCCGUAGCCGGUGGCGUUGCCGCGGGGAGAGGGUCCGCGUCUGUUGGCUGGGACCGCACAAACCUGGCCUUCAAGUCCUCCAGGAAUUGUGUGGUCCAGAAAGUCGGCUGAGGAUUGCCAAUAGGGAUUCUCGCGAGGUCCCUUUCUGGCUCGAUGAUACUGUUGGGAACUUGCAUGGCUGCAGUUGUGUGUCCCCGAUAAUGCAAGAAUCCAGGAGAGAAGAGUGAAGGUAAGACAAAUUUAAUAUGGAACUCAUAAGAAAACAAAUAAAAAUAAAGCAGUCGUGCAAAUUAACGUUCUCAACAUGAUAUUAUCAACGAGCACUGAGGAGUGCUCAAGUGAAACAUAAAUAGACACUAGUGUGAUUGACAGCAGGUGUGAACCGCUGCCAAUCAACGAAAAGAGAAAAAACAACAGUGCCCCAUAAAUAAAACAGGAAAUACAACAAAAUAAGAGCACUGUACAGGAAGUAAAUACAAAAACACGAAAAACUAACAGAAAUGAAGUGACAGAUUGUCACAUAUACACAGUUUUAGUUCUAUUGGAAAACUUACAAAUGUUGCUUGGAGUGAUAAAUGAAAAAUACAUACGAGCAGUGAACAGCUAAAAGACUCAAAGGCAGUUGUACUUCCGGUUCAAAGCCUUACAAAUGGAAGGCACCUGCAGUGAGCAAACUUGUCCAAAAGAUGACGCCAUAGCCCAAAAAACAGCACACCUUUUCAGUGUAUUUGCUUGUUUUUCUUAAAACAAUAUUUGUAUUAUGGCCGUCAGCAAAGAAAAAUCCAUAAAAUAGCCUACAAGUGGGUUCAAAAUGUAAAAAAAAAAAAGCAGCGGCUUAUAGUCUGGAAAAAUAAAAACACCAUUAAAAAAAACGCAAAUGAAUUGAUUUUGUUUGUAUCGAACUCUUCUGUCAUCCAGCAGCUAUGAAAUGAUAAAAUGUAAUUGCUGAAUAGACAAUAUGUAAUAUAUGUUUAUUUCUGACAUUUCAAAUAUGUUGACACAAAAUAAUCUCUCUCACACUUGUUUUGUCUAUGCUGUGCAAUCGUCUCUUUUCCCACAGCAUUUGUGCGUAACUGUGCCAGUUUGAGCAGACAUUCCAUACGUGCUGCGGUUGCAGAAUAGUUUUGGUCUUGAUAAAUGACAUUACGAGUGCUAAAUGAUUACAUUUGCCUAUUCUGAGAUAUAUUCUCCAUACACAUGUCAAGAAAAUGGAUUGUGUUUGCUAUAUUGCUCAUUUAAGAGAUGCAAUCUUUUAGAUCAACUUUGCGUAUGCUAUCAUGGUGUGCAUGUGUUUUAAUACAUGCAACCUACAGUAGAUUAGGCCCUACAUGUUGCUUGACCAAUAAAAGCACAGUGUUCACAUGCUAACCACA